AUGAAAAAAAGAAACCAAAAUCCAUCUUUUGAUUCACCAACAAUCGAUCAACUAGCUAAAGUUUCAUACCAAGACUUACAUCAAGGAACUGAUGGGUUCUCGGAUAAAAACUUGAUUGGAUCAGGAAGUUUUGGUUGUGUGUAUAGCGGGAAUCUUGUGUCAGAAGUUAAUGUUGUUGCUGUGAAGGUCCUAAACCUCCAAAAGAAUGGAGCUAGCAAGAGUUUUAUUGUUGAAUGUAAUGCACUCAAAAACAUUAGACACCGAAACUCAGUUAAGGUUUUAACAUGUUGUUCUAGUACAAACUACAAAGGUCAAGAAUUUAAAGCUCUAGUUUUUUAUUACAUGAAAAAUGGAAGCUUAGAACAAUGGUUGCAUCCUGAGAUUUUAAAUUCAGAGCAUCCAAAAACAUUGGACCUUGGUCAUAGGUUAAACAUCAUUAUCGAUGUUGCUUCGGCAUUACAUUAUCUGCAUCAAGAAUGUGAGCAAUUGAUUAUUCAUUGUGAUCUAAAGCCAAGCAAUGUUCUUCUGAAUGAUGACAUGGUUGCUCAUGUGAGUGAUUUUGGCAUAGCAACAUUUGUCUCAACCAUUGGUGGUACCUCUCAACCGUUGGCUACACUCCUCCAGGUUCUCAGAAUGCCUGUUAUUUAUCUGCUUAUCCUGAACCCAUCCUUCACCAUUCUAUCAUCACCAUCUUUGUCUCCUAAUGAUUUUUCCAGUGAAAUGUUGAAGAUGUUGAGUCUGAAAGAUAUUAAAGGAAUGGUGGCUAAGGGAAUAUGCAUCACAAGGUCCAGGAGUUUCAUACAGCCAGAUGUAUCAAAUUGCUCUGUGGUGUAUCCUCUUAGAUGUAAGACAAAUUAA